AGUCUUGUGUCAAAACUUGUGAUUUCUACAUGUCAACAUUGAAUACCGAGUUGACAACUAACUACGAAAAUGAAAGUUAAGGAUAUUGAACGUACAGCUAACGUAGCUUGGUCUCCAAAAAACCAACAUCCCAUAUAUCUAGCUGCUGGGACUGCAGCUCAACAACUAGAUGCUUCCUUCAACACCAGCGCCGCUUUAGAACUCUAUUCCCUAAAUCUCACAGACCCCGAUCCUAAUUCACAGCCCGUUUGCUCAGUAAAGAGCGAUCACAGAUUUCAUAAAAUAAUCUGGGGUUCUUAUGGAAAUACGCCGAACUCUGUAAUAGUCGGAGGGUGUGACGGUGGAUUAAUUCAAAUAUACAAUGCUAAUGAAUUAUUAAAAGGAGGCAAUGGUAUUAUUGGAAAACAUGAGAAACAUGCAGGGCCUGUACACGCUUUAGAUUUUAAUAAGUUUCAACAAAACUUGUUUGCCAGUGGAGCAGGAGAAUCUGAAAUUUUUAUAUGGGAUUUAAAUAACACCAGUGCACAUAUGUCGCCAGGUACAAAAAGUCAGCCAUUAGAAGAUGUGCUAUCAGUGUCUUGGAAUCUUCAAGUACAACAUAUAUUGGCCUCUACUUUUCCAACUAAAUGUGUCAUUUGGGAUCUUCGAAAAAACGAACCGAUUAUUAAACUCACCGAUACUGUAUCUAGGAUUCGAUGGAAAGUUGUCUCGUGGCAUCCAGAAGUCGCUACACAACUUUGUUUAGCAUCAGAGGAAGAUCAGGCUCCUGUAAUUCAACUGUGGGAUUUAAGAUUCGCUACAGCUCCACUUAAAAUCCUGCAGAACCAUCAACGAGGCAUUCUGUCGAUGUCUUGGUGUUCCGAGGACCCGGAUCUGUUGGUGUCAUGUGCAAAAGACAAUCGCAUCGUCUGCUGGAAUCCCAAUUCCAAUGUCCAAAACGGUGAAGUUUUGGCAGAAAUAGCGACUACAAAUCAAUGGAGUUUUGACGUUGUUUGGUGCCCGAAGAAUCCCGCUUUAAUCGCUGCGCCUAAUUUCGACGGACAUGUAUCCGUUUAUUCUGUUAUGGGCGGUCGAUUACAGCAAAUACAAACAACUAAUAAAAUAGCCGAUAGCUUCCCCGGAAUGGAUGGUUAUGCUGAAGCGCCAGUGCCUCAACAAGACAUCGGCCCUGUUAGCGUUAACUUGAGCAAACCACCUAAGUGGUUGAAGAAAUCCGUAGGAGCUAAAUUUGGAUUUGGUGGAAAAUUAAUAACAUUCGAGCACGAUAAGACUGCAUUUACCCAAGCAAUGCAAAACUUACAACCAGGCCAACAGCCACCUCAUAUACCUCGGACUGUUCAAAUUAGUCAAGUAAUAACGGAAGGGGAAUUCGUGAAGAAGUCUAGUGAAUUGGAAAAAUCGUUAGAAUAUGGCAAUUUUACUGAAUACUGCGAGACCAAAUCUGAACAAGUGAAUGAUCCGCAUAAAAAGUAUAUUUGGGACGUUUUGCGGGCCAAUUUUCAAGAUGUUCCUCGCGUAGAAAUGCUAAAUUUACUGGGCUAUAAUUUAAAAACGUACAGCAAAAAAUUAGAUUCACUUGCCGGUAUUGGAACCGACAAUAAUAUCGAUGGUUUGAAUGAAGAUUUCACUAAUUUAAAUAGGAUAGAUGAUUUUAAUGGUCAAGAAGAAGCCUUUAAUUUUGUUAAUAAACAACAAGAAAAAAAUGAUACUAAACCAUUUAAAAUUAACACUAGUGAUGAUUCAGAGGGACUUAUCGCACAAGCUCUUUUAUUAAAUAACGUAAAUGCAGCCGUUGAGCUUUGUUUCAAAGCUAAAAGAUACGCAGACGCUUUAAUUAUAGCUACUACUGGCGGUCCGGAUUUAGUCGCGAAAACUCAAUUAAAAUAUUUAGAACAAAACAACGAUUACGUAUCAACUCUAAUAUCCGCCAUAGUUUCGGAAGAUUGCAGUUUGAUCAUCGAUAAUUGUGAUAUCAAUAACUGGAAAGAGGCGUUAGUGGCCGUUUUUACGCAUGCGUCCGACAACGAUCUGCCCGUACUGUGCGAACAAUUAGGUAACAGGUUAGAAGAGGAGAGCAAAAACAAUCCGGAAUUGCUAAGGGACGCUCAUUUGUGUUACAUAUGCGCUGGUAGCUUCGAUAAAUUAGUAACCAGCUGGAGCGAACACGCAUUAAAAUCUACCGAAGCUUUACAGGAAUUGAUAGAAUUAGUCACGUUUUUGCAAAAGGCCAUCGAAAGACAAGGAAGACAAGUUAAAAUUUCUGGUGGAUUAGCGGACUUGUUGUUCCAUUACGCUUCACUUCUCGCUUCGCAAGGGGAAUUAACGACUGCGAUAGCAUAUCUCGGAUCGUCGAAUAACGAGAAAAUAUCCUCUCUAAGGAGUAGAUUACAAAUAGCUCUCGGUCAAAGCCAAGUGCACGCGCAAGAAAUUCGACAACAAAGCCGCAGAGGAAGCCAAAGAACAUCCUUCACUAGCUAUCCCAAUACUAAUACGUUUAAUAAUAAUCCGUUUCAACAAACAACAAGUACUAAUGCAAACUUUGUACCGCACGUACCUCAGUCACCGAGUCCGAGUUUAUCCGCAUCAGGUUUACAGUCGAGAAAUAAAUACGUACUAGAUCCGUCGGUUUCUUCCAGUCCAUACGAUACCCGCGGCCAAUUUCCACCUCAACCGAUCAACUCGUUUCAACAAGGACCGGCAUCGAACAAUUUCCCGCCUCUACCUCCUGGGAAUUCCUACUACAAUUCCGCCCCGGAACCUCUACCGAAUCAAACGUUUAACUCCGGGGCGUCGUUGUACAAUCCCGCCGCGAAUCAAGGCUUCAAUCCGGCCCCGUUGGUGCCUCAAACUCGCGGUUUCGAGCCGACUAACAACAUGCCGCCUCCGCCGCUUCCUGCGGAAAUCGGCCAGCCGGCUUUGAAUCCCGGCUGGAACGCUCCAUCGGGAUGGAACGAUCCGCCGCCAUUGUCGACCAGGAGCGCCAAGAAACCGCCUACGACUGAGAUGUCGCACAGCGAACCAAUAACGCAUCCUUUGUACGGUACAGCUCCGGUUCAGCCCCAACCUAUGGGUAAUUUCGGAGAUGUAGGUGCUCCUCCUCGUCAGCCAUACAGCCAACCCUACUACCCUCAAAAUCCUCCUAUGAUGCUUCAACCUCAACCGACUCAAGCGGACACGUUUAACGUUGGAAAUUUCAAUCAGAACGCCGUGUCUAACGUUUCUGAACCACCUCAGGAAGUCCACAACCCGCCUAGAACGAGGACGCCGCAAGUCGUUCAAAAGGCGCCCAUUCCCGAGGAACAUUUGCACAUGAAGACCGUUUUGGACGAGUUCAAAGACCAGUGUAGUUGCGCUGCUAACAAUCCUCAAACCAAACGGAAAUUGGACGACGUAGGUCGAAAAUUGGAGACAUUGUACGAUUCGUUAAGAGAACAAAAGUUAUCGCCAAAUACAUUAGCUUCCUUGCACGAAAUGGUGCAAAUGAUUCAACUCGGGAACUACACGGGAGGACUGGCUUUACAUACGCAGAUGGUUUCAGGGCCGGACUUUGCCCAGUUGGCCAGUUUCAUGCCGGGGCUGAAGGUUUUGUUACAGUGCGCUUUGCAAUUGCAAGUUUACCUGAGAUAGUUUCGGUUGGAAAGGAUCAAUACAAAAAUAACGUUGUUAGCUAUAAAAGAGAUGGAUAAUUACAUUUUUAAUGAGUAUAAACCUUAAGUAUUUUGUAAAUACGAGAAAUAUAUUUCGCUAUAUUGAACUUAAUGUUGAAAUGAUAAUAUAUAAUUUUUUGAAUUAGGUUAUUGUUGUAAGCAUAAGGUGCUUUUUAAUAUCAACUUAUAUUCUGCUAUUAUAG